AUGUAUUAAAAACAUUCUCAGGAUUUAGUAAUAUGCAAAGAUAAUAGAAGUACACAGAGUGCUCAUAAGUGUAGAGGUGGAGAUUCACCUCAUAAAUUAUAUCAAAAUCUGACACAUAAGAAUUCUAACCAAUCCAAAGACAUUCAUCUCCUUCAAAGUUUUUCAUCAUUUCCUAAUAUUAGACAAUCAAAUGAGACCAACAAAUUAUUUGCAAACUUCAAUUGAUGUUCAUGAUUUGAAUAGGUCUUAAAAGGCCAGACACUCUCAUCAAAGAAUUAAAACAGAAAUUGACAGAUCGAUAGACUUGAAUAAGAGAAUCUACCCAAAAGUUCUCUCUGUAUUACUACGUAAAUUAAUCUGAUCUCAAGUUAGAUAAGAUCGAAAUCCCAAGAAACAAUUAGAAUACUCUAGAUAAGAUUUCAACAAGUAAAGCUAAUAGACUCAGAACAAUUAAAUUAAAUUAAGGAAGGUUUUUUAUUGAUAAAAUAUAUAGUAUAAAGAGAUAUCUAGGAUAGCCACAAUAAAUACUUCUUCAAACCUGAUAUAAAACCAUAAUUAUCAAUUAAAGCUAAUAAUUAUCUAAGUAUUUAAAUCCUACAUUAUAGAAAUUAAUCCUUAAGCCAACUUUCAGGACUCCACUUUGGAUGACCUCUCUCAAAUACAUCAUUAGCAAAAUAAGCUAAAUGAUAUAAGAAGGAACACAAAUCCUAACCAAUUAAAGAAAUCAUUAUUUUAAUAAAUAUAAGAUUUUAAUUUAAUUAGAUUUGAGUAUGAAAAAUGUAAUUUUAUAAUCAUAGUUAAAUUCAUUUAGCUAAGGAAGAAGACUAUAUGAAGUUUUCCUUUGGGUUUCAAUACAAUCAAGCAAGAUCUACUAAAAAGUUUCCAAAAGAUGUAUUUUACAAUGAUGUAAGGAAAGCCAAAAAGAAUUUAUCUAUGUAAUGA